GCAGAUAUUACCAGUACAAUCAGUUAGUUAGAGAGGUUAGACGUUUCGGUCACAAUUAUUGCAAAAUGAAGAGAUUAUUUUCAAAAAGAUUGUGGAAUCCUGCAAGGAUUCUUGCUAGGAGUUUUUAUGAAGGAACUGCUUUUGAGCCGUUUCAUCCGAUACCAAAUCGUAAGCCAAAGUUCAUGUCUGCCGACGAAGCAGUGAAGAUCGUCAAAUCAGGUGAUGUUGUCUUUGUUCAUGGAGCAGCUGCCACACCCCUGCCACUCCUUGAUUCGUUAGCAGCACAUGGAAAAGCAUCACAGCUCAAGGAUGUUCAAUUGAUCCACAUUCACACAGAAGGACCUGGUGUUUGCCAACAACCAGAAUACAACGGUAUAUUUCGUAGCACCUCCCUUUUCACUGGUGCAAAUUGUAGAAAAGCAAUCGAAGAAGGAAGAGCAGAUUAUGUACCCAUAUUUCUUGGAGAAGUCCCUCUUUUGUUCAGAAGAAAUGUGGUUAAUAUUGAUGUUGCACUAGUGCAUGUGUCACCUCCAGAUACCCAUGGAUUCUGCUCAUUAGGACCUAGUGUUGAUUGCACAAGAGCUGCUAUUCAGAAUGCCAAAUACAUAAUUGGCCUAUGCAACCCACAGUGCCCAAGAACAUAUGGUGAUGGGCAAGUGCAUCAAUCACACUUAGAUGCGUUUGUUUAUAUUGAUCAUCCUUUGCCUGUUGCUCAUAAAAAGAAGCCAUCAAAAGAAGAAAAUACAAUUGGAAAUUUAAUUGCUGAAAAUUUGGUUGAGAAUGGUGCAACCUUGCAAAUGGGUAUUGGUGCAAUCCCAGAUGCUGUGCUGGCAUCACUCAAGAGCCAUAAAGAUCUUGGUGUUCAUACUGAAAUGUUCAGUGAUGGGAUUGUUGAUCUUGCUCAUGAGGGAGUUAUAACUAAUGCACAAAAAGUCAUACAUCAAGGCAAAAUUGUUGCUGGUUUUGUAGUUGGAACCAAGACAGUGUUUGAUUUCAUCCACAAUAACCCAUUUGUAGUGAUGUGUGACAUUUCAUUUGUCAACUCAACUGCAAUCAUAUCAAUGAACCCAAAAGUUACUGCCAUCAAUUCUUGCAUCGAGGUUGACUUGACAGGACAAGUUGUGUCUGAUUCCAUUGGCACAAGAAUUUACUCUGGUGUUGGGGGACAGAUUGACUUCUUGCGUGGUGCAGCUUUGAGCAAUGAUGGAAGGGGAAAACCAAUCCUGGCAAUGCCUUCAGUAACAAAGAAAGGAGAAUCUAAGAUAGUGCCAGUUGUCAAAGAAGGAGGAGGUGUUGUCACAUCAAGAGCACAUACACAUUACCUUGUUACUGAGUAUGGCAUUGCUUACCUAUUUGGCAAGAGUCUUCGACAAAGAGCAUAUGCACUGAUACAAAUUGCACAUCCUGACCACAGAGAAUACCUUGAACGCUCUGCCUUUGAAAGACUGAAAUGCAUGCCAUCACCCUAGAUUCUUAACAAAUGAGAUCCAAUUAGAAUUCCUUUCACAACACAAUUUAUUGAUUUACUCAUGCUGCUAGUAACAAGAUUGAAUCACUCCUAUUCACAUGCAUUAUAAUGCUGUAAGAUACCUAUAAUUCAAAACUUAUGUAUCCUUUAAUUUGGAGACAUGCAGAGGCAAUUGCUGGCAGGAUCUAUUUGAUGUUUCUAUAGGUUAUUGCACAGUAGAGAAUUAAGCAUUCUAGAGAAUAAGCUUAGAACUUCAGCUUAGCCAGAUAAAGCUAUUGAUAAAUUGUUGUAACAAAAAAAGAUAAAAAAAUUACCUGCAUUUAUCUGAAAGCCAGUGGAUGGGAGUUUUUUUCAUAUGGAAUAAAUUUAUCAAUAUUAAUCCUUGUAUGUUAUUAAAGGGGUUUAUUGUAUUUUCAUAUGCACUUCUUAUAACCUGGUAAAUUAUUUAAUGUUUUGUAGCACACAUUUAAGUAGCUAAAGUUCCUUCAGGAAAAUUUAAGAUAAUUGAUAAUCACACUUUAAUAUCUUUAGCAAUUAUAGUAAAUUGUACCUCAUUUUCCUUUAUUUUAUCUUAAGUCAACCCAUGGCAAUCCUUUAAAGUUUCACAUCAGAUGGACAUUUACAAUAAAAGCAGUGUUUAGAGCCCUAUAAAGAAAUAAAAAGGUUUUACUUCAGCAAAUAAAAUUAGUUACAUCUGGUUUUGGGUUUUUUUUCUGAAACAUGCUGUUAGCAAAUUUUCUCCAAACCUUUGAAACCCAUCUCUUAGUAAAUUCAAGGCCACAUUUUUUGGCAGCACAUUUUCUUAAUAAACAAAUUUCUUCUUUGACAAAUAAUUCACAAAUAUUGCUUCUUUAACUAAACUAUGUUAACUAACACUUUCACAUUUGAAAUAGUAGACUAUGUCACUUUUUCUAUUGAUAAUCAUAAUUGUCAGUUUUAAGACUUUUGGUAAUGAAUGUACUAGUGUAAUGCUAAUAUUUGCAAAAAAAGAAAACCAUUAC